AUGAAUAUUUUUAACACUGAAAGGCCAGUUCUACCAGGAGUGUUUCCUGCUAGGAUCCUCCCAGUCCCAAAGUGUGCAGGGUUUCCAGACCUAGAGGGCCCACAUGGGCUCUGCGAAGAAGAUUCCAACCUUGUAUCUAUCGGGAACGAUAUCAAACUUUUCCUCUUUGGAGAAUCUAAUAAGCUCCAACCUGAAUGUCCUGAAUUGCCAAAGUUGGCCUCUCUUCCAAAGGAGGGUACCAAAUGCAGAAAGAGUAGUACAGAGAGCUCCCAGCUUACUGCUGAUAAGGAAGUCACUGAUUCAUCCUCAAAGAAAGAGAGGAAAGAGGUCAAAGGAGUUGAGGAAGGAAUUUUUCACAGGAAGUUCUCUGAGCUGCAUUCAUUCCUAGAUACCAUCACUGAUGAUAACUAUGAUUUCAUCGCUAGUAAGAAGAAGGCUAAUUACUUCAAGCAUGAUAGAAGAACUAAGAGAAGGUCUGGUUACAGAGGAGUCUCUCGAAAUGGAGCCAGCUGGCAAGUCCUUAUGAUGAUCAACAAAGUCAAAACUUAUAUCGGAUGCUAUGAAACCGAAGAGGAAGGAGCCCUUGUCUAUGAUAUAGUUUCAAUUUUAUUUAAGCAACAGAAGGCUAGGACUAACCUAUCAUACUCUAAGUCUAAGCUGCUUGAUCUCUUAUCUUAUUACGACCAGGACUCCAAGCACUUUGUGUGAGCUGUUCCUGAAAGAUACUUAAGAGAGUUAGAGUCAAACUCUGCUCAAUAA